AUGCCUUCACCUAGGCGAGUACGUCUCUUGAUGAUGGUGAUUCUGGCCGCCGUCAUUACCACCUUAUUCUUCACAUCUCAAAUGCGAUCUACAAUACCUCACGAUGACCGGACAAUGCGAGACUUCUUUGGUAAGACCAUGAAUGGGUUGGGUCACCCGCAAGGAAACGGGCAGGUUGUAAUGAGCGGUAAAGGUACCAGUGUUGACUCAACAGUAAAAGAUAAGGAUGGGGAUGGCUCUGUGGAUGAGGAUGAUGAGAAAUUAGCUAAGGAGAUGGCCGAUCGACUACGAGCUGCUGAGCAGAUGGCCAAGGAUCUAGCCAAUGCCAAAGCACCAUUAAAACCAGACGCCCCAAGCGAGAUUAUUGGUGUGGGGAGCUCCGCUGGGGGACAAAAGAAGGAUAACGCCAAAGGGGACUCGAAAGGCGCGCAAAAUGGGGAAGAAGAGGAGACCGAGGAAGAUCACAAGGUAGAAGCGACCCUCAAUAGCCUACUCAAAAAGGCGCCAGUCGUUAUCUUCUCCAAGACAUUUUGCCCCUAUUCGAAGAGGGCGAAGGGGAUCCUUCUCGAAAAAUACUCGAUCGAUCCUGCUCCCUAUGUUGUCGAGCUCGACGAACAUCCUUUGGGUAAACAACUACAAGCGAGGCUGGGUAUUAUGACUGGACGUAAGACGGUGCCCAAUAUAAUCAUUAACGGCAAGAGUGUUGGCGGCGGUGACGAAAUCGCCGAGCUCGACUCGAGGAAGACACUCAUUGACAAGUUCAAGGAGUCCAUGGGAGGGAAACGGUUGUCGAUGAAGGAACGAUUCGUCGGGAGCGCUAAAGAGAAGCAAGAGUAA